UUUAACAAAGGGUUAUUGGCAGAAGACCACAGAGUGCGUAAUGGUAUUUGUAGGCAGUUUGUAAACGGCUCAUGCAGGUUUGGUCCACACUGCUCUUAUCUGCAUGAAUAUCCUGCCGUGCCUUUAGUUCAGGUGUGCAGGUACUUCCAGAAAGGAGGCUGCUGGUUUGGCGAGAACUGCAGGUAUCUUCAUAUUGCUGGACCAGACAGUGGCGCUUCUGGUGCCAGGCAUGGUUCGGCACCUGUAGUUAAUGCUGCAUCUGAUGAGGCUACAGUUAAUGCUGCAUCUGAUGUUCAAGAGAAAACUGAUUCUAAAACAAACCAGCAGGGAGUCCCACUGUUGGAGAGUGGUGCAACAGUUUCAGUUACUCAGGGACAAUCUGAGGCCUACAAUCAAAGCAAAGAUGUCGUCUGUGGAAUCUGCAUGGACAAGGUUUAUGAAAAGGGCACCGUGCAAGAGAGGCGCUUUGGAAUCCUGCCCAACUGCAGUCAUGCCUUCUGUCUCGGCUGCAUCAUGACCUGGUGAAAAACCAAAGACUUUCAGGAAGAGGUUAUCAAAGCCUGUCCACAGUGUCGAGUCAAGUCCCCUUUUUACAUUCCCAGUAAGUACUGGGUUUGUGAGGGGGAGCCAAAGGAAGCACUAAUUGAUUCAUUUAAAGAAAGGCUGCACUGUGUGGGGGGCCACUUUUACACUCCCCGACUUCUCUCUCCCCUUUAUGUUGCAGACGGAUGCAUCGGACAGAGGGCUGGGGGCUGUUUUGUCCCAGGAGGUCAAGGGGGAGGACCGCCCAGUCUUGUACAUCAGCAGGAAGCUGUCGGUGCGUGAGGGGCACUACAGCACCAUCGAAAAAGAGUGCUUGGCAAUCAAGUGGGCGGUCCUCGCCCUCCGUUACUACCUGCUGGGACGCCCUUUCACCCUCUGUUCGAACCACGCACCCCUCCAGUGGCUCCACUGCAUGAAGGAUGCCAACG